CAGGGUCUCUACUCCCGGGAAUCGUCCAGGCCACCUCGCGAAUGCAGGUGUAAUCGCACCCGCGCGCCUCGACCGCGGCGGCAUGCACGUGCGUCCGCUACACCUGAUAGCGAGCGCAACGACGCACGACGCCGCGAUAACGUUAUCGGUGAUGCGCGAUCAUUUUUCUCCCCCGAUCAAGGCCUGUCCCACGUCAUCCUGAUUAAUAUGCGUGCCGAAAACGCGCCCCGAAAAAAGCCGGCCCCGGGGCCCGUCCGUCCCCGGCGCCGGUUGAACUUUGACCGUAAAAAUCUCUCGGAAAAAACGAAAAUCAGCAUGCAGUCUCGAAUACUCUUACGCACGCACUUGCGGAUUAGUAUCCCUUUAAUCGUAUCCCUAGACCACAGGCUGACUGAUCGGAAAACAGUUUAUUCCGCGAGACAAUCUUACGGAUCGCGACGCUUCUGGGCGCGCGCGUUAUCUGGCGAGCCUCUCUUUCAAGAAGGCGCAAGCUGCAUGUUUCCCCGACGAUAUAAUGCGCGAUUUUUCCACGUAUUCGAGCUGUCAGGCUCAUAGAUACCGCAAUAAAUCAGAUAAACACAUGUGUUAACGUUCCCGAAAUGGAGUUUGGUUUGCUGCAAGCUCGGGUUUCUCGACUUGCCUAUCUUUCGCGUGAUAAGUGCCAAUAAAUUGUCCCGCUCGCGGCCAGCGACGCUAUCGCGAGUCCCAAAAAUAUGGUCGUGGUAUCGAUGUGCAAAAGAGGUGUUUGACAUGAAAACGGUCAAGAGAUUGCCGAUCGAAGCGACAGCGGGGGAGAAAAAUGGCACCGUUUAUCACCCCCUUUCUCGAAAACAAAAGUGGGAAAGAGGCGAUGGUUUGCGAAUGUUUCGCUCGUCGAUUGAAUAAGUGCCCGGCGAAUUAUAUAAUAUAAUAAUCGAGUAUUUACGCGCUCGCUGCCUGAGGCGGAAUUUCCCCGGCGCGGUAAAAAUCUGCACGCGACCCACGUCGAUCGGGAGAGGGAGGAAACAUCAGGAAUCGCCGGGCGAUGUUUUAUCUGGACGGGAGAGACGGCGCCAAGUACGCCUCGUCGUCGCCCAACGACGAGGAGAAUUUCGGCUGGUGGCUGAGCGAUCGGGAGAUCGCGGUAUGGCCUGGAUCGCGUCGCGUCAGGAAUCAUCGAUCACCCGGAUCGCCCGCGUCGACGCCGUCCUGCAUCGACUCGGACGAUUCGGGCAGCUUCGCAAGGGAUGUCUCGGGGCAGGAACAGGAGAGCGGAGUCUACGAGACGAUCGAGCUGUGCACGUUCGCGCAGGGCGAUCUCGAUGUCGAGCUGAUCGAGAGGGACGCCAGGGAAACGAGCUCGCCCGCGGCUGCAACCGGCGGCGAGCGCAGCGCCGAGGAGGAGCGCGUCAAUCCCAUCUGCUACACCCCGGAGAGGCUGAUCAGAUCUCAAGAAUACCGGAUACUCGUGCCGUCCCCGCGCCGCUUCACCUACUCCCAGGCGAGACUCGCGCCGGAGAACGAGAGCGGAGGAUGGAGAUACCGUCGUUGCCGAAAGCGGCUGCUCAGCCGUCUCAUCGAUUCCGAGGAAAUCGGUGCAGCGCAGCUGAGGGCACUUCUGAACCUGCCGAGCACGGAUGCGAGGACACACGCGAGCCCCUCGUCCCAUUUUGAGGGUCGACAAUGGACCACCGAUGAUCCUAACGCACCGGUGAGGUCGAACGAUGAUCCUUCGACCGAUGGAGACUGCGGUGUCCAAAGUACGAAGACUAUCGACAGCAGCAGAUCGAGCUACGACAGGUUGAACUCCACCUGGGACGACUGCAAAGCCACCAGGCCGACCUCUCUGGACGACACUUCCGGUAUACAAAGUUACGAAUGGAGCUUGGAGACCCAGAGCGACGCGCAGAGUACGCCGAUGUGCCUCUGCGACGAGCUGGCGAUCGCGUCGAAGGAUCGCACCGCGAUUUUCGGAAACAAUCGAGGCGCCGCCAUCAAUGAAGCAGUAUCUAUCCUCGAAGGUCUUCAGGGAGAUCCUGGGAAGGUUCUCCUGGAGGAGGAGGAUCGAUUCUGCGACAGCACGUCUGCUCACGAUCAAUUAACCAGACUGGCCCUGGCCAUCGAGACGGACGUGGAAGCACCGGCGGUUCCCGACGAUCCGAACAAUUGGAUGCGCCGUCUUCGCGAUAGAAUAGAACGGUUGCAGCUCGCCAAUAGAGAGAUCCACGGGGACAUACGCGGCUUACGUGCAAACUUUCAGUGCGACGAAAAGAAGGCAAUCAAUUUGUUGGAUGACACAACGAGGUUGCUGGAAGACGUUCACGACCUGAGAUAUUUCGACGACCUGGUGAAGCUGCUAGAAGGCGAACUCGAGAGAAUCUCCAGAAGAAAUUGGCCGUUUAUUCUAGGACACAGCAAACCCCACGAAGAAAUGAAUCUAAUCAUCUGACUAUGAUCUCAACGAUCGUCGCGAAGAUCAUGAUUGCGAUCUCCAACACAGUUACUAGUCGAUUGUGCAGGAUGAAAAGAUUUUCCUCGGCAAGAGGAUGUAAGUGAUAACGGCCUCUUUUUCCUUAACCAUUGAGUUCGAUGUUCAUACAGAAAAAGUCCUCUUCUCUCGGCGUGGUGACUUAAAUGCUCCAUGAAAAUAUUGAGACGAUACGUGCAUAAUCCCCGAGGAUAAUAAUCAUAACUGUAGCACAAGAGAUUGAAUGUCGGUAUGGUCCAAAUCGAACAAGAUGAUCUCAUUUCUCGGCAGGGAAAUCGAUUUCGUAAUACAUUUUAUCGAAGUGAGUCUCGUGCAAAUAAUGAUUGUAAAAUAUGAUGAUUAUGACAGAAGCGGCGUGCGGUAUAUACUCUGAAUGAGUCUGAUCUUAUUUCUUAUUCUUUCUUAUAGAAUUUUCAAUAAAACGUUGAAACUUGAACACAGAAAA